AUGGUAGCUUUUCAACCACCACCUCCAGAACUGACGCAAAGUGGAACUCAAACCAGAAAUAUAGUCCCUUCAUUACAAUCUAGAGCUACUUCUACUCUUGCUCCUCAGACCGCUGAAAUUGCAUCACAGGUUGUAACUAGUGUUGGUGACAAGGCAACACAGUAUCAUCCAAUAGCUAGUGAUGCUACUGGUAGCAGUAGCUCUACUCAAUCGGUUUUCACACCCUUACCGUCACGACAACAGCAACUAGACCCACUGAAACGUACAGCUUCACCAAUGUUAUCACCAUCACCACGCUUCGAAGAUGAUCCAGGAUCACCAUUCGAAUCAUCCAUAUACCAUAAUCCAAAUCGUUUAUCCGACGCCGAAUGUAAAAGUCAACCAUCAGAAGGCUUGCCCGACUAUUUAAAUAUGAUUUUGACAGCCCGUGUGUACGAUGUAGCCAUCGAAUCCCAACUACAGGUAGCCACCAAUCUCUCAGCUCGAAUGAACAAUACGAUAUUAUUCAAACGAGAAGAUACACAGCCUGUCUUCUCGUUCAAGUUACGAGGAGCGUAUAAUCGUAUGAUGAAUCUAUCUCCUGCAGAACGAGAAAAGGGAGUUAUAGCAUGCUCUGCUGGGAAUCAUGCACAGGGAGUAGCAUUGUCUGCUCAAAAGAUGGGUAUAAAAGCUACCAUUGUCAUGCCCAUGGCUACACCACCAAUAAAAUGGAGGAAUGUCAAGAGGUUAGGUGCAGAAGUUGUAUUAUAUGGUAACGAUUUCGAUGAAGCCAAGAUCGAAUGUGCUCGCCUAUCACUUCAGGAGGGUAAAACCAACAUUCCGCCAUUCGAUGAUCCAUAUGUUAUUGCAGGACAAGGAACCAUCGCAUUAGAAAUACUUCGACAGUACAAUCAUACCGAGAUUGAUGCUAUAUUUAUUUGUGUGGGUGGUGGUGGGCUACUCGCUGGUAUAGCCAGUUAUAUCAAACGUAUAAACCCGAAAAUCAAGAUUAUCGGUGUAGAGACAUUCGAUGCUGAUGCCAUGACCCGUAGUCUGAAAGCCGGACAACGUGUAGUGCUACCCGAAGUAGGAUUAUUCGCUGAUGGAACAGCAGUACGACAAGUCGGCGAAGAAACAUUCCGACUAGCUCAAGAUUAUGUCGAUGACAUGAUCCUCGUAUCAACCGACGAACUCUGUGCCGCCAUAAAGGACGUCUUCCUUGAUACCCGAUCAGUGCUUGAACCAGCUGGUGCACUUGGUGUGGCAGGCAUCAAAAAAUAUGUAGGACUCACUGGAUGUACCGGCAAGACAUUUAUAGCAAUAGCAUCCGGAGCAAACAUGAACUUUGAUCGGCUACGAUUUGUCGCUGAACGUGCUGAAUUGGGUGAAUUCCGUGAAGCUUUGAUAUCCGUUACUAUACCCGAACAGCCUGGAGCAUUUAUGAAACUGUAUAAGACAGUCGCACCGAGAGCCGUAACUGAAUUCUCAUACCGGUAUUCAGAUGAUGCCAAAGCACACAUCAUCAUGUCUUUUGCUGUAUCGGGACCCGCUGAAACAGUCCAAGUCAUAAGUAAUCUGACUGCGAAUGGAAUGAAUGCAUACGACAUAUCACAGAAUGAGAUGGCUAAAGCUCAUGCUCGAUACCUGGUUGGUGGCCGCAGUAGUAGUGUCAGCAACAGCAACAGUACUAGCGGGACUAGUAAAGGAGUGGAAAAUGAAAGAUUAUUUAGGUUUUCGUUCCCUGAACGACCUGGUGCUUUAGAACACUUCUUGGCAUCGCUCAAGAGUGAAUGGAAUGUAUCGCUGUUUCAUUAUAGGAAUUAUGGAGGUGAUGUUGGGAAGGUCAUGGUGGCUAUACAGGUGCCGCCAGAGACCAAUGUGCAGUUUGAUGCAUUCUUGAGUGAUUUGAAAUAUCCGUACGUGGAAGAGACUUCUAAUGCUGUCUACCAACAAUUCCUCCGAUAG